AACUCAAGUUAUGAAAUUCCAUCUUCAAGUAUAAUACAGGACGAUUGCUGCCAGAAAUUGAAGAGAAAUCUCACUGUCCACGCAAUUCAUAUGGAACCAAUAAAAUUAACAAGUGUCAACCUCCACGAACUCAAGUAUGCUCAACACAAGCUAGCAGAAUUCGAUGAACAACUCCAACAACAACUGAAUAGGCCUUUCAUCAUCCAACACUCUUCGUGGGUAACAACAGCCCUAUCAAUUACAUGUGGUACCAUUUUGCUCAUUGUCCUCUACAAUUUUAUGAAAUGGUGUGGAUGUUUCCAAAUUCUCCGAAGAAUCUUCUGUUGUACCAAAGAGCCUAGAGCCAUUGAAGCAGGUCCAUGUUUCCAGAUCUUCAACCAAUGUCACAAAAGACCAAUACAGCAACCAGUUCAAGUCUACUACGAUGCAGAACUCCAACGUCUUAAUUACCCAGGUUCCUCUGAGACAGAAAUCCGAGUAUCGAGACCAGAAGACGCCUCCAGCAGCGGGUCUCAAACACAGAGAAGAACAAACAAGACUUUAAAAAUUAAUCCUCAUUAAUUGUUGCAAUUUUACAUAUAUCUUAUAUA